UUCCGAUAGGUCAGAAAGGUUCGAACUUCGACAACCAUGCGUUCUCGGGUUUCAUGGUCGAUGAUCUCAAUGCCCCCAAGACAACAACCGGUGGUAGCCGCGACCUCGGUCCGCUUCCGGAGCAACCCGGUCUCAUCAAGCGCCAGACGUCACUGCAGUCGGUCUCGACCCGCGCGGGGACGCCCUGGGACCAGCGGGGGAAUAAUGCGCUGCGACAGUACUUUCAGGAGAACCAGAUCUAUUUCGACGCUGACAAUGUCCUCUUUAACCGAAAAUGCCGGGACUGGCGCUACUCGGAGCAGGAGAUCGUAGCAGGAAAAAUCGCAAAAGAAUUACAGUACAAAACGCUGGGCACCGGCGGCUUUGGGGCGGUGUACGAGUGCCAUGAGAACGUUGAUCACGUGGAAGAUGAAACACCCUCAGAUCAAGAUCUGGGUGCUAAAAAACCAAAAAUUAUAUCCUCCGCUGUCAAAGUGAUUGAGGUGCGCAACAGGGAGGCGGCGGUUUUGGUUCUGGAGGAGUUGGCGGCCUUGCGCAGCCUGCAAGGGGAGACUUUGGAAAAGAUGCGGCAGGGUAGUACCAAAAAGGAUGUUCUUGGGUCAUCAAGCAGAAGCAGUGUGUUCGGAGAGCAGGGAGGACAAAAACACUCAAUGAUGGAACUACACGAUCAAGCUGGAGAAUUGAUAUCCCCCUUCCUCCAGUUCAAGUCUGUUUGGGCAACUGAGGACAAGAAUCUCGGACGACUGACGUCGCUGCAAGGAGAGCAAAAUGGAGAGGAACCUGUUCAGGUCGUGAGAGCUCGCGCCCUCUCAUCGUCCGCGGAGAAUUUGCAGGCUCUCUUGGAGAAAGAAGGGAAUGACCAGGUUGCGCCGCUGCCGGGCGACUUGCAGAUGGUGCACACCCCGCGGAAAGAGGACCCGGCGCACCAGGGAAACAAACCCAAAGAUGUCGAGCGCCUCGUGUAUACAAGGAAACUGCUGAGUCCGCAGCCCCGGUUGGGUUCGCCGAGUCUGCUCGUAGAGCAACAACAGAAUUUUGAUCCUGCGCAAAAACAACAACGAGGAGGUUCUUCUUCUACAUCUACUUUCGCGACACAACAACUACACCAGCACCACCCUCCAGCUCCUGCACCUCGGUUUCCGUUCACCGCCAGUGCGGUUCAGGCUGCAGGACAAUUAGGCACCUCAGUAGUUGCUGCCCACCACGCUUCUACUCACCAAUUAGCUUCCGCGCCAACAGCGCCACUGGUGGUUCCUGCUCGUGGGCCGCAUCAAGGUGGUCGCCAGCAUCGUCGUGUGCCGUCUGUGGUCAGCGAAGAAAGCUACUCCUGCUCAGACCAGCCCUCCUCUUGCCCGUUUGACUUCCGAGCGGAUGCUUCGUUACCCUCCAGUCCGAACCCGUACUACUUCGGAGUUGCGAACAAUGCAGCUGCAGGAGCACUGGCGCCGGAGGAUGAUGGUGCCGGGGAGGAUCCCCUACGACUCCAUACGAGAACUACGAUGCAACAAAAAUCUUUCUCUUUCGACGACGGCCUUCUUCCAGCCACGCCGGCGCCGGCUUUUCCGUUCCCUUACGCAGGUACUACGCCAUUCUCCAUGGGUUUUGGGGACGACCCACCUCCGGAAAUUAGCCUUAGCGCUGUGUCCGAGGUGCUGUCCCCCGCCGGGGGUGCUGCUGGUGCAUCAGGUCAUUUCACAAGAGAGAACAACUCCGCGGAGCGAGACCUGCGGCAAAUCUUGGCGCACGCUGCACCGGCGGCAGACCCAGCGGACGAUGUGCGUGAGCGUGCGCGCGCCCUGCACGAGUUUCUUCAAACUGGUGGGAACCAGGAGAGCAACUACGCGAGGAGUGGAAGAACUCGUGUUGAACGCGAUGUUGAGAGCGGGGUCCUUCCGGGAGGUGGUCGUGCAGCUCCAGAAGCUGAAAUGAAAAGAUUAAGUAUUGCCGGGGGUAGUUCCGGUGCCGGAGCAAAGCCACGGGGCACCAGCUUAGGCUCAGGUAGUUCUUCUGCGGUGUCGGAGAUGACAGGAAACAGUUCCACCGGGUCGUCCGGUGUCGCGCAGCUGGGAGAAGAUUUAUCUUCCCGGUCUGCGCGAUGGUCCCCGAAACUGCCCGAAGAACAAGCCGGAGCGCAAGCACCAGUGGCCGCACAGAUGACCCGUACUCAGAGCCAGAGUUCUCUUGUCCCGUUCUUUCUGUACAUCGAGACGGAGCUUGUCGAAAAUGCCAAGACGCUGUCGGAAUAUCUCUACAUGGAAAAAAACGCCUCUCCGUCAGUGGAACGCUUCACCCACCCAGACUUUAACUCACGGACGAGGGACGGGCAGCGAAACCGCCUCGAUGUCGCCUACCAGCUCGCAGCCGCCUUCCAAUACCUUCACGAGGUGAAGAAUAUAGUGCAUUUGGAUGUCAAGCCACAGAACGUUUUGGUGUUCCCUGUUGACAAAAAUACAACCACGCCGCGCCGUUACGUCGCGAAAAUUAUUGACUUCGGACUUGCUUGCUCAGCAACAAGCCCUGCUGGAACCAAGGGGGCGGAAGAUGAGAACCUUUGGCGAUACAACUACGGCACCCCCUCGUGCGCGCCCCCGUGCGGGAAUUUGCCCGAUACUUUCAAAACGGAGUACCAUUCCAUCGGGCUGUUGCUCUUCCACCUCCUGGGCGGCGGCUACGAGAAGCUUCCCACACACAUGGAGCGCGCGGCCAUCUGGGAUGUUUUACGACUCGACUUAAAUCAGGCGCAAUUCGUGGAACGAGCGGCGGCCGGAACUACACAGGGACCACAAGCACAGAUGAAUAAUCAGGAGAACGCUAGUGCUACUACUGCAGGAGGACUAGUAGUGCCUGAUAAGACUAUCACCUCCCGGGUCCCCUCGCCACCAUUGGGCGGAACAGCAGGAGUGCGGGCGGGCAAGAAGAAGACCAGACUGGUCACGGGUUGGUUGGACUUUUCCAAAGUGGAGGAAUCAACGGUGACAGAGCGGAAAGAGACGCAAAAAAAGCGACUCCUGCAGUAUCUCUCGAAAAGCGGACCGCAGCAAGGACAGCACGAGAAAAUCGACUCCGCAGCUGCGUCUGAAACUACACUCCCCGCUAGAAUUUCCUAUUCCCGACUAGCAAGAGACCAGGCUAAGUGCGUGCGUGCGCUGCUGAAUGACUACUUGGAGAACGUCGUGUCGGACUCGGAGUUUUCCGCGGCGCCGGAAGCCAGUAGUGAUGAAAACUACAAGAAGAGCGAAGAUAAACAUGAUUCUCCGUCUUCCCAGGAGCCGCGCGGAGCAAGAAAAAGCUCACCACAACUAGGAAGAAAAUCAAGAAGCAGCAGCAGCGAAAGAAAACGUUUUGGGAAAAUCAAGAAGCAGAAGCAGCAGCAGCGAAUGAAAAAGCUCACCACAACUGGGAAGAAAAUCAAGCAGCAGCAGCGAAAGAAAGGAACCACGAGUAGAAUCGCGGAAGCAGGGGCCAGAAGUAGAGUUACUCCCCGUACUAGUAGACAAGUAGCAGGUGGAGGUUCACGAAGUAGAGCAAAGGAAAUGACGAGAAUGACGGAGACGGGCAAAAGCAGUAAGAAAAUAAAUCCGCUGCGGGCAUGCGUCAACGUUUUGCGCACACAAUUACAACUCUUUAAUGAUGGACCAGAGCCUUGAUCUUGACGAGGAAGGACGGUGCUGCAUCUCAUCCUUCUCAGAGAACGCAGAGAUACAGAUGAGUUUAUAAAAAUCGAAAUUAGAUAUCAUAGAGUAAACUCACACACAAAGGAACAUUACAGCACGUCGUCCUCUUACUACUUGUUACUCAUGAUGAACGAUAUAAUCUUGAUGAAAUACAGCUAUGUAUAAUUUUCAUUUCCUGCAGUAGUUUUGCCCAGCAUCCAAUUAAAAAAGUAAAAGUGUAUAAUGUCUUAUCCAUGCGCAUAGCAGCACGGAGUUCUAAGCUAGAGAGCUCUUAGGCAGAGAACGUUCUUUUUGCAUCUUCAGUUGUAAUAGCGACAUUCAUAAAAUCAGCAUGUUAGUCUUAGGUAUAAAUCCAGAUUAUUCCAUUCCCCCCAACCACAGCUACGCCUCUACCCCUUUUCUUGACCCCAAGAGAAAGAACAUAUUAGAAGCCACCUCAUAGAAAGAUUUAGUUUCCAAAGUUCUCUAUCACGAGCACGAUAUCUAGAUCGCACGAGUGGCCCCAAAAUAGACACCCCCAUACUUAAGUAAAAAAAAUCGACAGAAAUCGAACAUCGUUGACACGAUUUGAGACUCCUUUCCCUCCGGAGAAGCUGGCGCAAUUGAAAGAUAAAUAAGAUAUCGUAUUGUUAGCUCAUGUGAUAGCAAAUGCAAAUGGCACACCGCUGCUGUUUUGGUUUUAAAAACCUAUGUAGGAUGUUGAAAUCGAAUUCGUUGCGUCAGCCCGUGGAGAUUCUUUUCACAGUCGAGAAGUAGCACAAGGAGCAAAAAGAAAA